AUAACCUAACCUAAAUCAAACAUCAUCAGUGCCAUCAUUGUAAAUAACAAUUGUGUAUGUUGUUCUAACACAAUAUCUUGUCCGAGAAAUUCAUUAUCUAAUCAUUUGUGUACACUACAAUUGUAAUUAAUGAAGCGUUUAGCGCGUGUGUGCAUUGAAAACGAUUCGCGUUGCUGUUCGUAUCGAAUCGUGUGUAUUCAGUUGCGAACGAUGCGCCGUUGAAGAAUGGCGUCGUCUCGCUGCAGCUCGCCGGACGACGACGGCUACAAGCGUUUCACCGAAGAAGCGCAUCAUACCUACGGCACAGACACACAACAUGCUAAUGCAAUUGAGGAAAUGGGGAGUGUUUCGGGACUCAGUCGCGAUUCGGAGGCUGCGGAUCAUUGGGAGAUGAAUUAUCAUGAGGCGGCCAUCUUUUUAGAGGAAGGCGAAAACAAUGAAAAAUUCGACUCACACCCACGUCAUCCAUCAGCCCUACCCGCCUACCUCCUCGUACACAACAACUGGUACUAUGGCUUAGAUUUGUCCGCAUCUCUUAUUUUAUUACUGCUGGCAUUAGCUGAAGAACCCUCAGUUUCACGCUUUACUUUACCAGUUGGCGUGCAUGGUACAUUGGAAUUAGUUGCCCUGGCUAUUAUUACCAUUGAAUUGGUGCUGAAACUGCAAUGGAUGGGUUAUUCGACGCUGUUGAAACAUAACCGCACCAUGGUGAAGUCGAUAGCGCUGGUUAUAAUGGCGCUGGAGGCUAUGACUGUACUCGUGCGACAGGAGAGUCAUUUUAGAGUGACGAGGGCACUGCGGCCGAUAUUCCUGGUGGAUACGAGGGCGUGUGGGAACAUGCGGAGAUUCAUUCGGCAGAUAUUUCAGUCGCUGCCGCCGAUUUUGGAUAUGUUAGGGUUGCUGUUGUUCUUUGUGAGCAGCUAUGCACUUUUAGGUUAUUAUCUCUUCAGUGAUCACCAUCGAAACCCAUUCUUCCGCACCUUACCCGACAGCUUCGUCAGCAUGUUCGUCCUCCUAACCACCGCCAACUUCCCCGACGUCAUGAUGCCCUCCUACGCCAUCUCAAAAUGGAACGCCAUCUUCUUUAUCUCGUACAUCUCCACCGUCCUCUACGUCCUCAUGAAUCUAAUGCUCGCCGUCGUCUAUGAAACAUUCACCGGCAUCGAAAAGGACAAAUUCCGCAAACUCCUCCUACACAAACGCAAAGCAUGCAAACUCGCCUUCCGCCUGCUAGUAUCCAAACAGGAUCCCGAAGGUAUAAAAUUCAAACAAUUCGAAGGCGUGAUGCGGUAUUAUGCGCCGCGGAAAAAGGCGAGAGAUGUCGUGUUGAUGUUCAAACAAUUGAACGCGUCCGGAUCGGGGACAAUGAGCGAGGAGGAGUUUAUCGGGUUGUAUGAUGCGAGUAGUCUAAGAUGGCACUUGAAGGACCCGCCGGAUCCAUGGUUCAGUGCAGCAUGGCCGCCGUUGAGGAUGUUUUGUCGUGCGGCAAGGAGAUUGGUACUCUGGAAGUACUUUGAAUACAUUGUUUAUAUUCUGAUUCUGGGCAAUGGCGUGGCUAUGUUUAUACGUGUAGCACAGUCGGCGGAUAGUUUGGAGGAAAGUGCGACGAAUUUCUGCAAUUCGUGGGAUACUUAUCUGUUUCUUGCAAUCUUCCUCUUUGAAGCCCUCCUCCGAAUAAUCGGAAUCGGCUGGACGCAAUACACAGCAUCCGGUUGGAACCUCUUCGACUUAGGCGUCACCCUCGCCGCCCUCUUCGGCUCCCUUGCCCUCCUCCUCAAACCCGACUUCACCGUCGUCGUAAUCCUGCGCCCUCUACGCCUUCUCCGCCUCUUCAAACUAAAAAAACGCUACCGCGACAUCUUCGGCACCCUAGUCCUGCUCUCCCCACUCAUGUGGUCGACCGCCAUUGUGAUGCUCGUCAUGUACUACUUCUUCGCCAUUGUCGGCAUGGAACUCUUCGCAAAAUACGACUUACGCAACUGCUGCGCGAACACCACCGUCGAGGACUUCUUCCGCUACAACCCGAACAUCGUCAACGGCACAUCCGCCAUUGGCUACUAUUAUUUAAACAAUUUCAGCGACUUACUACACUCGGGCGUCACACUGUUUGAAUUAACAGUCGUCAACAACUGGUUUAUCAUCAUGGACGCCUUCGCAUCAGUCACAAACUGUCAAUAUUCUAGGUUAUAUUUCAUGUGUUUUUACCUAUUCACGAUGGUUGUGCUGACGAUAGUCGUCGCGUCUGUUCUGGAAGCCUUUAGAUUCCGUAUUCAGUAUAAGAAACAAACAUCAAAACGUGACGAGGAGCAAAUGUUGCAUGAAGAGGUGCGAGUUGAGUGGAAUUCACUAAAUAACCAGAUCCAGGAAGGAAAGUUCCUAGAACAGUUACAUGGGGACUUUCAUCGCGGCGGUGUUACUUAUUAUGUUGGUAGGAGGCCGAGGACUCGCGAUGUACUACAGCGCCGGAUGUAUAUCGCGGAGAUUGAGAAGUGGUUGGUUGAGGCGGACAUCUUGGAACGCGGGAUUGAUUUUACCGAGGUGACUGAGUCGAUGGUGGAGGCUAGCUUGGUUGAUUCCGAAUCAUAAUUCCAUGUGUACUAGGGUAAUACUCAUUGAUUGACGAGAUUUUUUAGGUUAGGUUAGUGAUGUAGGCAAUGUAGGCUUCCAUAUCCACGAAAAUACCUCGAACGCAUGAGAUUCAACAACCAAACACGUACAAAUACGUUAUGAUAGUGUCUAAGGAUUAAUUACGCACUUAUUUAUGUUCUGAAACCACGUGAUGUUAACUUUAUUGGUUAAAUUUUAAUUCGAAACAAAUUAUUUUAGGUUAUAUUUAGUUUUUAGUGAAUAACUUUUGAACUAUUAGGUUUGGAACGAUAAUUCUUUCGGGAGAUGAUUCAGAAUUAAAUUCUACGUCUUUUGAUAUGAAAUUAUUUAUUUAUAUUUAAUUAUUUAUAAAGUUAUAAACAAAAUUGUGGAAAAAAUAGGUAAAAAAUAUUUUUAUGGUGGAAUUCUUUAUUUUAUAAGAUGUAGAAUUUAAUUCUGAAUCGAUUGCUGAAAGAAUUAUUGUUGUAACUUUUUUAGUUUAAAAGUUAUUAACAAAUUAGUUUAAAAAAGUGAAUUAUUUCGACUUUUGCACUCAGAGAUCUAGAAAACUGAAAAUAUUAUUAAUUUUAGAACAAAUAGAACAAUUAUUAAUAUAUAUUUAGUUGUUAUCACGCGAAUAAUGAUAAAUUAGCGUUAUUUAGCAACAAAACGCAAUUUUCGUAGUGUAAUUGUAUUAAUUUAUCGUAAAAGUAUUAACAAACCAAAAAUAUAAACCAGCAUAUAAACAAUCAAAA